GCAGACCUAAGUGAAGCUGCAAACCUAAAUGGUCCCUGACCUGUCUGUGGUUUCGCAGAAGUUCAGUGGAACAGGUAUUUUGGCCGGGGAAAUGUUGCCAUGUAAUGCCGUAGCAAAGAGACAGCCCGGCAAGAAAACCGUUUUGGAGCAAAUCAUACAAGACAUCGAAGGAAUUGUGCAGUAUGGCGAUGGUGGUAAGAUGCGACCAGCAGAAGAUGUGAAAGCUGAUAUGGUAGCUCAGGCAGCCAUGCAAAUUCCUCAACAUGGUAAUAAUAGAAGUAAGAAUUCUAUGUAUGCUUCUGGCAAAGGGAACUGUCAAAGCGCUGUUGAGGAUUUGAAGGAUGCAAGGACAGGCUUGUUUGUCUCUCCUGCGAGAGGCAAGAAACUUGAUGAAGGUUUUCAGCAUAGGGCUUCAUUCGCUGCUCCUGCACGAGAUGAGAAACUCGACAAAGGUUCUGUUCAGAGGGCUGAUGUGGUAACUCAGGCAGCCAUGCAGAUUCACCGAAAUGGUAAUAGAAGUAGGGAUUUCAUGCACGCUCCUGCCGAAGGCAAUCAUGAAAGGACUACUGACCAUUUUAAGGAUGCAAGGACAGGCUCGUUUGUUGCAAAUGCACAUGACGAUCACGUCCUUCACGCACUGUCAAGAACUGCUGCGGGGCAGUCUGCUGAUCAGCGCCAUACUGCAACAGUCGGCGAUGCACAUCUCCCUGUGGAGGUGGAUGUGAAGCUUCGUCAUCACUUAGCCUCAAAUCUGGAUGUUAGGGAAGAGAGGGUAGCAAACAAGUGCGAUUAUGGUAACAAUAUCAGUAAGAGAGGAAAACCUGAUCGAUUUGUGCCCGACGAGUGGCGCUCCAGCACAGGCACCUCUAGGAAAGAUGGUCAGACGAGGAGAAUCAGCAAGGACUGGCCGCCCUUUCUCUCAGAAGUGGACAGGCUCCGUGAACCGAGAGCAGCACAAUCGAAGACAGUAGUUAGUGAAAAGGGAAACACCGUGGGGAGUGCAACUCGUGACGGGGAGAAGGUGGUGGAUUCCAAGGCUGUUGUGCCUCUGGAUUUUGCAGAGGCACAGUCGACUCCAGGUGGUGGGCAAGGGGAAAAUCGGAGAGAGUUGGUGGCUGAGGCGGGGGUGAUGAAUAAUGGCGGUGGUGAUGGCAGACAAAAACCGCUGUGCAAGUCCUGGUGUCAUGAUUCGUUGUUCUCUCCUGGGGAUGCCUUUUGGGAUGAAGCAGUUGCCCUUGCAGAUGAGGCAAUUGCGAAGAGAGAGGCAGGCCUGAGAAUUGAGGAUCGGAAGGGAGAAUCAAGCUCGACGGGGGGGGAAGCUUCAAAGAGUCCGCAUCACAUCGUGCUUGAGAAAGGUGGUAAUAACUGCUCCCGGGAUGCAAAGGUGAAUGGUCGUAGCGGGAAGACACGUGGAGAUGGCACACAGAGGGAAAUAGGUACCUGUGAGGCAUCAGUUGACCCUGAUGCUGGAAGCAGCGGAAAACAAGCAUGCUCACCACUUCCUAUCAAGAAGAUUGAUUUCGCAGUCGCAGAUAUAUCUAAGGAGUUGGAGUUGCCAGAAACAGUUUGUGAAUCAGGCUCCUUGCCAGUGGCGAUGCUGGUCAGUCCAGUACACAAGCAUACUGUGCAGGCUUUCUCUUCCGAGUUGCGCGUUGAGCAGCACUCGCACAGAGUCCUAGAUGAUGCACAAAUGUUAUCAGGAGUUACAAAGGAUUCUGUUUUGGAGGGGAGCCGAGGCAUUCAGGUAAUGGGCAGCCAGGCCAUUGUUGGUGCUUUGCAAUUGAAGCAGGCCCCUCUCACGGGCAAGACAUCCGAGGAGAGGGAAGCACCAGGAAGGGUAAACGGAGGAGGAGGAGGAGAUUUGGCUGCAGGUGAGCCUCUGCAUGUAGUUUCUAGCCACACAGGCAACAUGGAGCCAUGCAUGAUGAAAAAUUUAAGCACUAUUGCUUUGCCACUUAAGGGUUCAUUGUCUUAUGACUCCGUGGUGAGACUUGGUUCAAGCACUGAUGGUGCUGAGGAUGUUGACGUUCACCCACAGGUUCCGAGUAUGGAAGAACCUCUUGGGGUUGGUUAUGGAACACAACAAUCUGUUUGCUCAAACGGACCAGAAAGGCCAUCGUUAAGGAGUGAGAUCAAUCAUCCAAGCGUCAUUGUUAUUGAUGGUGCACAUGCGCCUACAGGCGGGUCAAGAGAUGUAGGGAAUGAGGAUCAUCAGCUUGAGGGGUUAGAACCAGCUGGUAAUCCUUGUGUCUCCUUGAAGGAAGAGCCAGCAGCAAGUGAGAGCUGUAGAAGUGCUGCUUCGCAGGGUGCCGCUGGGAUCACGGAAGCUGCACCUCAUAAUCACGCUUCUGCCCCUGGCAAUAGUAUCAAGGAAGCAGAUUCGGUGGGCGUAAGAGGAGACAACCCUACCUUAUGUAAUCCAUCAGGAGGACAGCCUGGGGAUGCAGUUGGGAAUCUUAGUGAUAGAGGAACAGGUGAAGAGACCCUGGACAGAUGGCUUCCUAGUGAGGUUUCUGCAGUUUAUGCCAAGAAGGGUGUAAAAACAAUGUAUCCCUGGCAGAGGGAGUGCCUGAUGAAGGAAGGUGUUCUGCGGGGGAGAAAUCUUAUAUACUGUGCGUCUACAAGCGCAGGAAAGAGUCUCGUUGCGGAGGUGAUAAUGAUUCGCCGGAUUUUAUCCACAGGAAGACGAGCGAUGUUGGUUCUUCCAUAUGUUGCGUUGUGUGCAGAGAAGGCGGAACACGUGGAGGCCUUGCUGGAGCCACUUGGCAAGCGUGUUAGGAGCUUUUUUGGUACGUUUGGGGGUUCGACACUUCCCAAGGACACAGAUCUUGCUGUAUGCACAAUUGAGAAGGCCAAUGCUCUUGUAAAUAGAUUGCUUGAAGAGGGAAGGCUUGGCGAGAUUGCUAUCGUCGUAGUUGAUGAGCUUCACAUGGCAAGUAUCCUCCUCCCUGCUCUGUCACUCUUUGUCACCAUGCUCCGCCCUUCUCCCUGGUUUGCUUAUGCGGACCAUCGUGCUCUUGCUGCUGAUGCUGCUGCGUUCCAUCCUCCUUUGUCUGCUGCUGCUGCUGCGCUCCAUCCUUGUGCUGCUGAUGCUGCUGCGGUGCAUCCUGCUUUGUCUGCUGCUGCUGCUCCUGCGCUCCAUCCUUGUGCUGCUCAUGCUGCUGCGGUCCAUCCCGUUUUGUCUGUUGCUGCUGCUGCGCUCCAACCUUGUGCUGCUGCUGUUGCGGAUGUGGUCCAUCUUCUUGUUGCUGUUGCUGCUCUAGUCCGUCGUGUUGUUCUUGUUGCUGCUGUUGCUGCCGAUCAUCCUGUUGCUGCACCUGCUGCCGCUGCAGUCCUUCCUCUCGCUGUUGUUGCCGAUCAUCUUGCUGUUGCAGGCCCUCCUCUUGUCUUUGCUACUGCAGGCCUUCCUCUCGCUGCUGGUGCUGCUGAACGUCUUCCUCUUGUUGUUCCCGUUGCAUGCCUUCUGCAUGCCGCUGCUGCUGAACCCCGUUUUGUUCUUGCCUUUGCCUCUCCAAAUUAGGUCCUCCCCAUCAUCACUGCUGUCCGUUGAGCUUGAUCCAUCAACGACAUGAGGCUUCAUGACUG